AUGCCUGUCCCACUGGCUGGGGGACGAUGGGGGCAAGUCCCUUUGGAACCUGCGCAGGCCACUAUUUGGAUCAGAGAGAUAUUAGCCAAACUCAGGCCUUCGUGCGAUAUCUCUGAGAUUGCAACGCGCUCACUGAAGUCUACAGUGUUGAGCUGGAUGGCAAAGUGCAGCUGUAGGGAAGACCUUCGACGUUUGGCUGGCUACCACGUGGAUCCAGGGUCAAAGUCGGCGUUGGAGUAUUCUCGCGAUGCUCAAGCUCCGGUUUUGCAUGCAAUCGAAGGGAUCAUGCUCAUCAUCAAGGAGAACAUCUUUGAUCCUGAUGUUUCUAGGGCGCGACGUUGGAAGAUCCCGCAUGUUCGGAGCCUGGAAGAUGCGAUGAUCUAUUUGUCACGGCAGCAACAUGUUCCAGACGGUGCUGUGUCUGAAGGGUAUGAGCCUGAGUCCCCAGUUGAGGACAUGUGGACACUUGUAGGCUCUGAUGGUGAGAUUUCUCUGUCUAGCGUGAGUGAGGGCAGUCAUGAGCUUUUUGAGACCGGAUGUCAGACGUCUGACGAAGAUAGGGAUGCAGAGUUUGCUGCACCAAUCGUCGGGGCCUCAAUGGCGAAUGAACUGCAUUACUCAGUAGGAGACAUUGAAGUUUACAAGCAUGUCAAGAGUGGUUGCUGUCAUGUUGCAAAGAAGUCACAAGUCGAUGAGGACGAUGGCCCUGAAGGUCGCGCCUGCCGAGCAUACGACGUCAGCUGCAGCAGGGGAUACAGAUACAAAAAGGACAAGGAACGACAACAACAAGAAGUCGAAAGCAGAGGCUCCAUGGAGGAAAGCGGCAGUAAGCGCCGCCGUGCUGAAGCACUCGCAUCUGAGAAAGAGCUCUCAGAGGUGGGUGCAUACUUUGCCGAAGGGCAAACCUUUUCUGGCGUGCAUGCUGAAGAGCAGGCACACUUUGAGAAAGCUCAUCGCGAUGGCGAUCGGGUAACAUCUUCUGGCAGUGCAAAGCAGUGCACAGUCUUUUUGCUUGAUAUUUUUUCUGGAACAGCCGGAGUGGCUGCAUCGUUCAUUCAGCUUGGUGGAGAUGCGUUGGGUAUGGAUCACAUGGUGGACAAAAAACGGAUGAGGGGCCCCAUUGCAAAAACAGAUCUCUGCAAAAAGGAGACACAGGACCAGGUCAUUUCCUGGCUUGAACAAGGAAAGGUUGAUGGGGUCAUGCUUGCACCUCCCUGCGGAACCUCCAGCAGAGCAAGAGAAAUUCCAGUUUUUGAGUCAGGGCGCAAACGUGCAGCGCCACGGCUGCUGCGCAACAAGCGAUGGCCGAACGGCAUUCCUUCGUUGAGGGGCGUGGAUGCUUUGAAGGUAAAACUGGCUAACAAGCUAUACGCUUUUACAAGACGGGUCAUCGACACUUGCAUCAGACUGCACAUCCCUUUCAUUUGUGAGAAUCCCUUGAGGUCUUGGAUGUGGGAAACAACGUUUUUUUCUGACCUGCCAGAUGACGAGUGUCGAUUUCAGUGCAUCCACAGCUGCAUGUAUGGAGGACAGCGGUUAAAGCAGACCGCACUUUUACUGAACUUCGAAGCCAGCAAUUUGAAGUUGCAAUGCAAUGGCAAACAUCAACAUUUACCAUGGGGCAAAACGCUGUCGCCUCAUACUGGCCAGACAGUUUUUUCAACAAGUACGGAAGCUGAGUACCCAUGGCCUUUAUGCAAACAGCUUGCACUGGCUUUUGCGGAACAAAUGCGCUUGGCGGGCAAGACAGUGGAGCCUGCCUCUAUGUCCAUGGACGUUUGCCAAAGGAUGGGAGCUGGUACCCAACCUCGGGGCAAACUCGGCCCCCUGCUCUUGGCCGAGUUCAAGCACAAAAUCAUGGUGAGCUCCUCUGAUGUCACCGUUCCCAAGACCAUUACAGAUGACAGCGUGGCACCUUUUCAGGGCUUGCCACUUCACUCCAAGCUGAUUUCUUCUCGAACUAAGGUGGUAAAAGGGGAAACUGGCGAUGAAGAAAUACAGGUGUCUGAAUUUGGAGUGUAUUACACGCCUGAUGAGUUUUUGCAGAUGGCUUCAGGUUUACAACACCCUUUGGACUCACCGCAGUUGGUUGACGAGGUGAACUUGAGGUCCAUGUUGGCCAUCCGUGAUUGGUCUGAAGCCGACAUUUUGGCGUUCAGAGCAAAGAGCUUGAAACACUACACCAAGCUUGCUGUGAGCCUCAUGGAAGAUGAAAAGAAUUUGCGGAACAGCAUGGAUCCUCAAGUCAACGCAGUGUUGAGUGGAAAGAGGUUGUUGGAGGACAUAGCAAGCCUGGUACACAGCAUCACUUCCAAGAGGAAGGUACCCUUGUCUUUGGUCGAGACGCUGCGUGGCCGUCUCCUCUAUGCUGCAGGUCACACAUUUGGACGUUCCACCCAACUGGCAAUACAGUUGAUUUCCAAGGCAGUGCGUGAGGGUCCAUUGGUUGUGAUUGAUGAGAACACUAAGAAGGUGAUUCUCUCUGCGCUUGAGCUCUUACAGCAGGCCGGUCCCAGAGUUGUGAAUGCAUGGCUGUGCUUCACUGAGCUUGACAGGAAAGGAUACACACGAUGCGAGCCGUGUUGUGACUUCACGAAGGUGCAGUUGCAGAAAGGGGUGGCAGGACUUGAGGUGAACCAAAAUAAGAUAAGCAGCGACUCACUUUAG